AUGACUUUCGUUCAUCAGUUUUCUGACAUACCCAAUACAACAACAUUUUUUGCGUUCGCAUAUCCAUGGUCCUACUCGGAAUCUCAGGAUCUUUUGGAACGGAUUGACAGGCUGUCAACUCAGCUGCUAGCGGCACGGAAAUCGCGACGCCUAGGGAGACGAUCCAGCAGUGUCACCGCUAAAAUUUCUCCAGAAUCCAAGGCAUCCCCCGAGAACAUGCGGCUGACAAGCAUUUAUUUUCAUCGUGAAAUACUCUGUUACAGCCUCGGGGGCCGAAAUAUUGAUUUACUCACUAUAAGUGAUCACGAAAAUCAGCUAAAAGAAAGAGAGGAUAGAUUUGACCCCUUACUAUUUCCACGUCCCGAAAAUCCUCGUCCGUGGAAAUAUGCAAACAAAAAGGUAUGAAGCUGCACAUAAUAAUUUGCUUAAAGGCCAUUAUCUGUAUAACUUUGAGCCCACUGCUCUGCAAACAUUUAUGUAUAAAGUAUUUUGUGGAAAAAUGUCAGAGUAAGCUGCCUUGUUGUUUGUUAUCUUACUUCCCACUAGAAACCUUGGUGAAAGUUAUUAAAGAAGCCAAGGUUGGUAAACGUAAGUUUUCGAUUAUUCAUCAUAAGGCCUGGCGUUUACUGACUUUUCAAAUUCGAACGCUUUCCAGCCAAUAUGGCAAACUAUUAAAUAACGGGUUCUGGAAAUGCAUUACCUUAUCAACUUGAAAACUUUAUAUUUUAAUUUUUUUGGAGUUGCGGCAAAUAUAUUUACUCUGGUUUCCAAAUUCUUUCUAAAAACGAUGGUAAAAUGCUUAGCACGAAUGUAUCAGAAUUGCAUACUGCGAAAUAAUAGACGUUUUUUAUAGCAAACGGACGGCGCGCUUAUGCCUAAGAGAUUUAUAGGACAAUUGUAAUUUCGCCGUUAUAGCGUAUAAAUGAAAAAAACAUAAUAGUCCUAAGGUAAUUAUUGAAUUAAGUAGAGAUGGACAUGGUUACCCGCAACGCCAGAACUGCCAACGAAUACAAUCAAUUUAUGGACUAUGCGUAUUGCUGUGCCCUAAUUAUAUAUUCUAAUGACAUUUCGGUUUAUUUCCGUCAUGUAGAUGGCGCCUCAUUUUUGGGUUUCUUCCGCUACUUAAGUAUCAAAUCGUUUAAUAUAUUGCGCAUUAGAUGCGUCUGAAAAUAUUUCUACAAAUGGUGGUGGGACUUUACAAAACCCUUGUCUUUCAGUGACUAUACAUCGUAUGUUAAUAAUAUAAACGUAAAAUUAUAGCUUACAAUAUGUGUUCUUUCAUUUAAAUUGAAACGUAGCCUUUUUCAUGAGUGAGCGCAUCGUUACUGUUCUCUCUGGCCUUCCUCAUUUCCAUGAAAAAAUUUUCGACAAACUCCGCCUUUUCGUUCCUAUACGCUUGACAAUUCCCACCGAGUUUGAUCACGUAUUUAAGUAAAAUAUACACAAAAUGUAUGUACGAAUGUAACGAAUGUCUUUGGCUGGUAACAAUUUUUUUCUAAUCCAAGUUCAAACAUUCCGUGGAUGUCUCAAUGUGCAUGAAUUCCAGCUCCUAACUAUUCCCAGAUAGAACUCCAUUUAAUGUUCAACCAAAAGUUACAUAUAUGACCAAUUCUGGGGGGUUUUAUCUGUCUCCACAUAGUGGUUCGCGUUUGGCAUCAAAGACACUAUUUAAAUAGACCUUUGCCUCCCUUAAGUUUUUAAAUUUACAAAUUUUCAGGGAUCCGCAAAUGAGCCUAUAUUAGCUCGACAAGAAAUCCAGUAAUUUAAUUCCAAGUCAGGGUCUUCCUAACGAAAAAACUAAGUCCCUUUCUAAGGGUAAUUCGUUGUGAAAGUGUAAGCUUCAGAUUGGGUAACGGAAUAAGAGAUAAAGCACACCAAAUAUUUAUAAUAUUCAGAAAACAGAUGCAUCUGUCUGGCCUUCUUGCACUCAGUCACUUUUUUCUGCACGAAUACUGCUCGAUUUGGCGUUUAACUGUCUCCACUGGCCUAAAUGACACAGAGCCUGAAUGAAUUGAAAUCGAGUAGAAAUUUGGCAGCAUAAAUCAAGAUACUCACAGCACUUCUGAAAUGGGAAUUUCGACUUUUUGUAAGAUUUUAUCUUAACUACUUUACUUUUGUUUUCCACAUCAAGGUCUUUGUUAUAACGGCUCGCGUCCAUCCUGGAGAGACCCCCGGAAGUCACAUGUUUAACGGUGUUCUGGAGUUCCUCCUUCGUGAACACGACAAACGUGCCAUUGAACUGCGAAGACAGUACGUGUUCAAGCUGAUCCCAAUGUUGAAUCCGGACGGCGUUGUUCUGGGUCAUUAUCGGACAGAUACAAGGGGUGUUAACUUAAAUCGAGUCUAUCUGACCCCAAACUAUCUUCAGUAUCCCUCCAUCUACGCUGUCAAGGCCCUCAUUGCUUAUCACCAUCUUUUUUAUGGCGAAAAAUUGGCCUACCCGGGUUCUAUAUCACCCGAAAAGUUUGAGAAGUUUGUAACACUCUCCAAGAAGUGUCGACAAAUACUGGAUGAACCAGAGAAAUUCGGUUUGCCUAACACAAACACGCGGCAAAAAGCUCCCUAUGAGGAGCGUGUGUGCAUGUCGGGUGAUGUCCGUAGUGAGGGCCAUGAGUUGCCCAAGCCUUAUUCACCGCAAAUGGAGCGUUUCAAUAGCGCCGAGCCCUGCAGAAAGGACUUACAUCGAUUCUCACGGUACUCGUGGUAUCAGAAUCAAACACAUUUGGAAGACUCCAAGUCGGUAACUCUGCGUACCUUUCCUUCCUCUUCUAUGGUUGCUUUUCGACGUCACUCAUCCGUACUCGGAAAACUCCCUACCUAACUCGAGUGCUUUUUUUAUCCAGGCUUUCUAGGCAUUUACUUUCAGAGUUCAGAAUUUUCCCCGAAUAACUAAUUGCUUUUACUUAGCGUCUGGGUAACUGGGCAUGCAGACGACCCUUUCAGUCGUUCUCCGCAUGCGUGUUUAUUGGUAUUAAACUGAUUGUCGGGCACUGCAACCCUUAAAAUUUGCACACGCGAGUGAUAAUGCUUUCAGAAUAACCUACCGUCGUCCGUGUUGCUAGUGGAUUCACAACAUUUCAGCGGUGGGUGAACUUUUAGGUGAUUACACGAACGUCGACCGAAGAAGUAUUGCGACUGGGAGGUAAGACUACAAAAGUUGUUUAAGAAUAUAAGGUUGGAUUUUUCGUAGUAUUCCCCUUAAGUCGUCGUCCGAAAGGGCUGUUUUAGUGUUUUGCACAAUACCUGGCAAUCAAGUAGAUUGUCUAAAUGAGCAAAAUCAAGAUUUUCAGGCCCGGCGUUAAACACACCACAAGAGAACACUUAAAUAACGGUCGUUGUUGGCUGACACCCCCGACGAUUGUGCACACUGCCUUAUCUGGAAGACUAGAAACGCGAAGGGAAUCGAACUCAGUCAGGGUUGGACAUCUCACUUGUUAUGCGCUCUCCUCACUGAGGCUGCCUCAAUUUACCUACAUGCACUUUCAUUGUGACAAGGAAAUAGGUUAAUACAUAGUCAACUGAAUACGUAAUCGGGAUAAUAAACGUCCACUACACUAAUGCACCUGUUGAAUGUGGAUGCGAUUAACGGCCAAGCCUACCACCGCAUUAUCGUAGUGCAGCAAUUGCCGUGCAUCGUACGUGAUCCCAGUGGCCAAUAGUCGGCAUGGCCCACCACACCUGAGGAGAUUACACGACAAGUAGAAUAGUUGUCUAAUCAAUCAUCACAUCCUUUUGCUGUUUACCAGCCCCUAACAACAGACUGCAAAUUCAAUUGUCCAAAAACUCGGAGAGUGAGGAGGGCUGUCCCAGCGAUCUCUUCUGUUUCUCACCAUACGUCUACAUACUGAGAGCGUUAGCCCACAAGAUGGCCAGUGUUGUCUCAGGGAACAAAGGCGAUGCAAUGGUUCAUCCUUUAGCAAAGUCCUUCGGCACCCAUGACAACUACAUAUUUCCUAUUCGGAUACCCAAGGAAUUUAUUGUGAUUGGCUGGUAGUUUUAGUCCAACCCUGACUUCGUCAUCUGUUAACACGUGCUAGUGUGUUCCUCUCUCGUUGCUCAUUAUUGGGUAUACGGCUCGUUGUAGUUCUCUUCAAAUGUGUCCACAGGAUAUUACAGUAAGGCAUAUUGAAAGAUGGACGUAAAGGUGAAAUAAGGCUGAAUUCUCUUCGGGGGCUACCAGAAACAUCUACUACCGAAAGUCGGUUGAGCACGGGAUUAAAGACCCCCUAGUGUUACAACUGGCUUUGUCCCAAAUUCUAGACAGGUUCGGCUUAGAGCUGGGAAGAUUAGAGUUGUGGUCAGGAUACGGUAAUAUGCACCCUCUGAAAUUUACUGCGAGGCCGCCUGUAGUAUAGGGGUGUACACAUUCCAGUGUCCGACCCGAAAGUCUACUCAGAUCUUGUGAGGCCUGACCUUAAUAAUGCGUGUCUUGUGUCGUCUGUCGGCUCUUUUAGUUCAGUCUGCGUAUGAGGGAGGCCUUACCGGGUGUUCUCUUAAAUUUGCCAAGUCACUGAUGAAAAUUUGGAAAAAAGCGCAAGAUAUCUAGUUAUUUUUAACACCACGGCGUUGCCGCAGCCCUAUAUAAACUUAUGUAUUCUGAUUGACUACCUUUAGAACCGCGACAGUUGUAUUAACGGUCCUCGGAUACAGACGAGUGAGGCGCGCUACUUGGAGUCACCAGUCAUCCGCCACCCCGUUGAAUAUUCUCAUACUCCCACCGCUUCGCUCAAGGGCAAGAUUAUGAAGCAGUACUUCAGCGAGCAGGACUGGGUAUCCGUCUUUCUUGACGAAACCCAGUCGCCAAAUAACUCUUGCUCACGACAAAGUGAACUUGCCCCACGACUGCCCACGAACAUCUCCUCAUCCACAACUAUUCCACACUGUCACUCCGUAGAGGUGUCCCUCAGUUCCAUGCGUAGGACCCCGGAGGAAGAGGAGGUGCGUCUUCUGACAUCGGAGACCUCAAAAUCGUCUUCCAAGACGAGGACAGUUGAGCAUCCGUCCUAUGGGAUUGUACCACGACGAACACCAGGACCAACCUUCCAACACGUGGAUAGCAGUGCUGUUAAAGGGGACAGUGCUGGAAGUGUUAUACAACUGCCAGAUGUCACACCUCGAGUUCUCACUAGAAGAAGGUGUGUAGUGUAUUGCGACCAAUUUUGUUACUUAGCCUUCACAUUUCUACACGCUUAUAGGCUCAGUCUCUGUGCACUGUUGCCACAAAACGGAAUUUAUAUCUUUAGAUGACACAGUAUAACGGAAGAUAGUUCCCGUUUUAACACUACGUGAUACUGACCUUUUUGUUUGUCUGGUUAAACUGGUGAGUGGGAGUAGCACUACGCGUCUCAGAGGAGUGAUUUAGAAACUCAGCAGUGAAUGGUUACAGGUGUUAAAUGCAUGCCCAACAAUUGGUCACUGCAUUAGCGCGUCCUAACUACUCAUCUUUCUUACCAGCUUUUGAAUAAAGCACGCACAAGCCACGUGUAAUUCGUCAGUUUCACUGGCAGCCUAAAUUGCCUUUCCUGUCAGAUGACUGAAUGUGCUCUUUUUAACAGUUCAGAUCGACGACCCUCGAACUCCCCAGCCAAUCGUAAUAACUGCGCCCUCAAGGAGGAAGACAGUUUCGGUUUCGCACGAAACUCCACACUCUCAUCUGGGAGGGAGUCUGAAAACGCAUCUCCUGAGCUGAAGAUGCUGAUUGCGCACCAAAAGCGACGUCAGUCGAAACUGUCCCAAAGUCUGGAAAGUCUGGGUAAAUUUCCGGUCUAUCCUUUUAGCUUAUCUCCCGCUUAUGGAGGACGGAUAACGCUACACCUUUCGGUCGAUAAUGCCCCUUUCCUGGUUAAAGGGUGCGGUGAAUGUUUACCUAUUUUAAGGGCAUAAACGAAAGGCGUCAAAACGCAGGCAGCGUUUAUCUCCCUUCUUUAAUAUAUUUUCGAAUAUAAAGGUGCACAUAAGUGAGGUUGUUUAAUCGAUUAGCGGGGAUCCAAUUCUGGAGUUAAUUCCUAUACAUCGUUAUGCCACCAUUCAACUAACAGAGCUCCGGCCAUUUGGAUAAGCCAAGCUAAAAUUCCCUGCUUAUGGGGUGCGUAUUUUAGCAUUGAUUACAGACGCCUACCGCAGUCCAAUUUUAAUUCAUAGAUAAGGUCACGAAAAUUUGUCUAUAGUAUAAAUUUUAUGGGAAAUUGAUGUUCUUGAGGGUUUUUAUCUGAAGGACGGAUGCGUUUCAGUGUUACAAAGUUCGCGAUUAUUAGAGAUCGUGGGACGCCUACUGCGGUCAUCUUUAAUAAUCAUGAUCUCAAGAAUGUGCAGUGUGAUCCAUGUUUAUUGCUAUGGUCUAUGAGCAAAGUGGAUCCUCUCUAGAGGGACUAAUCUACUGUAUGAAUUUCUGUAAAGAUAACAUGCAGUAUGCUUUUUUGGAAACCUUUGGAAUAGAGGAUAGGGCAGAUUGAAUUUCAGGGGAUGAGUAUGCGGUCGCCGAAAUAAGAAGUUUACUGAUUCGGCGCCUCGAAUUCUUACCCAAACCCACCAUCACCCUACCCACCCGCUAACUUUCAAGUAGACCACCCAUCCGAAAUUCGACAGCACGACCGCCGUAACCGACGAUGUUCACUGUGCACUCCACAGCUGGACGAGAGCAGGGAUGGUGACUUACGCGUGACUUAUUUUAAAGUGAUCGAAGACUCGUACCGAAUGCAGCGCACAAUCCUCCCCCACCCAGUCAGAGCCACCUAAGUCAGAGCCAAGAAGACUGGAGGCGCGGGAGGACGCUUGUGGCUGACACGGCCGGAUCCGCACCUCGGCGUACCACCGCAUCCCCUGGUUUACAACAAACACUUGACCAGGAUUUUAACCAACAACCAAACUGGGUCAGAAGGAGAAGGAUGACAAAAAACACUGGGCGACCAUGCACGCGACCUGUAUACCCAGCGAGAGCACAAGCGCAUCUACCGGCAGGGAAUCAGGUUUCAGAGACCUGCCAGCGCAUACCAGGCUGCGAGAGCCAUGGUUUGCUGGUCCUGGCAUAGCAGACGCAUGCAGACCUUUAUGCCCCACAACGGCGGCACGUGACCAUGCAUUUGCGUGGGCUGUCGCCCUUCAGGGAUUGGGAGCUAAACAGUCGUUGACUGAGGGGCUUUACCCAUAAAGCACACGCACUCCUCACAUGCGUGAGUGCCAUAGGUCACGGUUGAAAGGGGCCGUGACACCCUGGCUCUCAGCCCACCAGUCCGCCACUCCACACAAACACACACAACUGGGGAGACUGCGUGGGCUAAGUUGGGGCGUCAGUCGGCAUUCUCCCAAGUCACGACGCUUGGCGCACCGUGGUAAUCUUAGACUCGGAUAACACAUUCAGCAGAGGAGACUCAUGGAGACGGGGCCGAGAAGCACACUUUCCACUUGCGUGGGAGGUGGCAGUUGAAUGCUCUGGAUGAGUGACGGUGUUGUGUGGUGGGGUUGUUGGUGGGGGAAGAUGCGAUGAUAUGGUGUAGCCGGCAGUUGUCUACGGCAGUCUUUCGUGGAUGAUAGGUGUGUCUAGAUUGCGGGGAACUCCGCCGUCGUGAAAACGCAUUUGACCGAAUAGGCGUAUGCGGUAGAUAGGACUGUGGAGGCAGUGAGUGCAGUGAAGACGGAUGCGACGAGUGUGGUUGGUGCUCCAGGUACUGGUUCGCCAGUCUCUGUGCGACGGACUCGCAAGUGGCCGACCAGGACAAGUAUGACCCCAGUCCUCGUCGAUGGAAGUGGGAAUUUUAGUGAUGUUCGAAACUGACGGGACGUCGGACGUCGUCCCUUCGGUGGGGGGAGCCCGUGAGGCCGUUAUGUUUGUAAGGGUGGUGCUGGUCCUGGUCGCUGCGGUCGAUGCAGCGGUUGGGCAGGGCAAGUGGUGUCGAUGUGUGAUGGCGGCGGGUCGGCGAGAGUGUAAACGGCGGUGAAGGGGAUGGCGGUCGGCGGGAGUUUAUGGGAGGGGCGAGUGGAAAAGUAGUAGACGUUGUCGAGUUGAUAGCAAAUUGGUGCGAAGAUCUCCAAUAAGUCCGACUGAUGUCCGGAACAUCCGCUGCCAUCGUGGGUAAGUCGGAGACGGUUGAGCGUUGGCAUUUCGAGGCGGGGGUAGUUGUGAUUUGCGGGCAUCACGUUUGGCUUUAGCGUCGGCGUGCGAUUGGCUUCAAAACUGAGCCUGUUUUCACUGUUCUCCUCCAGGCAGGCUAGUCCCGGACUGACUCUUCCCAGUUGACGGGGUCGGUCUGCAGACGCUUCAGGGAAGUCUUUGAUGUGUCCUUAUAGUGCCGGAUUUGACCUCCUUGCCGGUUGGAACUCGUGGUGACAUCUCCGUAGAGCAGCCACUUGGGUAAACGCUCGUCGUCCAUCCGCACGAAGCGGCCGCACCAAUGCAGUUAUAGCUGUCUCAGCAUGGUGUAGAUGUUAAGGAUUUCUGUCCAUUCCAGUGCGUCUAUGUCCGGGAUCCGGUCCUGCCACCUCAGUUUCAGUAUCCGCCAAAGACAGCUGAAGUGGGAACGAUUGAGCCUUCGCGCCUGCUUCUUGUACAUCGUUCAGGUCUCCGCAUCAUUCAGCAGCUUCGGCAGGAUGAUCGCUUUGUCCAUCUUCAGUUUGGUGCCAAGGUGGAGACCGUGUCAAUUCCAGACGCUGUUUCACAAACGGCCGAGGGCUUGGCUGGUGUUGAAUAUUUGAUGGGCCAUUUUGUCGUCCAUUCUGAUGCAGUGUGACAUUGUUCUGCCUAGGUAAUUGAAGUUGUUCACAUUUUUCAGUUGGGUGCCGUUCACGUUGGUUUUGGGUGUGACGUAGGCAGAGUCAGGUGGCAGUUGAUUCAUGAUCACCGUUUUCUCCGUAUUGAUGACCAGGCCGGAGUUGUCACAGGUGGCGGCGAAGAGGUCCAUGCUCCGUUGCAUCACUUCGUCCGUCGUAGUGUUGAGUGCGUAGCUGUCGGUGGGGCGGUUCUUCUCGGCGAGCAGGUUGCUGAUGGCGGCGUCAUUGUUACCGAACCUGUUCUGGUGAUGGCGCCGUGCUUGACGGAGAACAGCCAGGGCCAUCGACUGGACUGUGUCCCGCAUUUAGCACCAUCGGUUCUCUACGGAGACAUUCUCGUCAGCGGCGGUGGCGACUGGAAGGCUGGCUAGCCGUUGAGCCAGUUCAUUACUGAAAUAGAAAUUGUGAGCAGGCAAAGCCAACAAAGCAAUAUUCAACUUACCUAGGUGUUGCUUACCUUGAGGUUAUCUGUGAGACUUUAGGCGAGUCCACAUCUUGGAGAUGACGAGACGAUGAUCGGUCCACCCGUCAGCACCUGGGAUCACCUUUGGCACCAGCACUUCCCUCUGGUUUCGCUUCGGACGCGGAUAUAGUCAAGCAGAUGCCAGUGUCGCCGGCAAAGGUGCAUCCAGGUGGUUUUCUCUCGCGUUGGAAGGCGGAAGAUUGUGUUGCUCAGGAUGGGGCAGUGUUCUGCGCAGGUCAUUGGAGCCGUUGAGAUCAUGGGGACUCAACACUCCUCUUCAGGCAGCAUGGUCUGUGCGGACGCGGGCGUUGAAGACACCAAGGACAAUCAAGUUAUCCGCCUUCGGCACAGUCGCCAGGAGGGCAUGCAGAUCCUUGUAGAAUUUGUUCCGUGCCGCGUCAGGGUUGGUCUUCGGAGAAGCAUCGACGCUGACGAUGGUGGCGAUCGUUGGUGACCUGCGGCAGACAGGACAGUCCUCCCGCGAUGUCGUUCCGGAUGGAAAAUACGACACCCACAUCCCGUCGCUAUGCCCUGGGGUGACCGCUACAGAAGGAGGUGUAGCCGGCACCCACCUCCAGUUGGCCUUGUUCGGAGAACCGGGUCUGACUGAGUGCAACGAUUCCCACCUUGUGGUGCGCCAGUUCGCGAGUGACUGGGAUUAUCUAAAUCGGAACAAACAUUCUAGGCUGCCAGAGUGCGCGGACCCACCCUACCAGCCUGUGUGUGGGGCGGCGGAAAGAGGGAUGAGGAAGGGAGAGCGCUGUUUCUUGUUUGGUUGUUUCGACCGCGUGUUUUGAGUCUGAGGCCACGGUUAGCCUGCAAACGGCAUGGGUCCCCAGCAUUUGUUUAGGGCACCUUUCUAGCUCUUUCCCCUCGCGGGAGUGAGCAGUGCCAGGUAAUGGACUCUAGGCGUAGUCCACACCUGCAAGCAAAUGAGCAACCUACUACGGCAGUCACGUGGACCCAAAACUGGACACCCCAUACACCCCACACAAGACAGUUCGACCGUCGUUGUCGUCGAUGUCCACCGUGUGCUCCACAGCAAGAUGACGAAGACACGGGGACUUGCGCGUGAUUGAGUUUAUAGUGAAUGUAGACUUGCACAGUACCUACCGCAUUCUCUCCUCCUCCGCCUGGACCCGGUGUCAUGACAGAGUCAAGAAGACCUGAGGCGGGGGAGAGAGCAGGUGGAUGGCGUGGUCGAACUCGCACCUUAACGCUCCACUCCACACCCCCUGGUCCACACAGCAAAUGGCCAGGUUUUUGACUAAUAACAAAAGGGUGACUGGCACGGCCAGAGGCGCACCUAAGCGUACCGUCAAACCUGGCUCGGACCCCACGGAGUGGCAGUGCCACAAAGGACACAUUAAGAAGGAGCCAUCGCAGCUUGUCUCUUAGACCACCAGUCGGCCGCCCCACACAAACACAACACUGGGCCGACUGCGAGGUCCAGGUUAUCCCGUCAGUUGGAAACAUUCCCAGUCACGGCUUUUAGUGCACCGUGAUAGUUUCAAGGGCGUCAGACUGUUUAUAGUAAGGAAUAUGCGCUGAGUCGUCGACGUUGCCCUUUCUUCCCAUCCGCGGGCCCCAGCCACUGUCCGAACCGGUCAGUUAGGAGGUGCGGGGAAUGGGUGGGGUGGCUGACUUACCUGGUGAACUUGUUUGUGCGCGCCACAUGCACGACCCGGUCCCCCAAACAAAGUACCAGGAUUUCACACAACGAUGGUUGAGCAGCGUAUAGCUCACAUGCGUAAGAGCGCCGUAGGUCAGACUAAGAAUGAGUCGUUUCGGCCUGUUUCUUGGCCCAUCCUUCCGCCACUCCACACAUACACACAGGCAAGUGGGCAGACUGUGUGAACUGAGUUGGGGCGACAGUCAGCGGCCUUCCGAGCCACGGUGCUGGACGCGCCAUGAUAGCCUCAGACUCGAAUCACACAUGCAGCAAAGCAGUAUGGAGACGAAGUCGAGACGCACACUUCUCACUUGCGUGGGAGGUGGCAAUGGGAUGCUUCUGGUGGCUAUACGCCAGCGAGCCGGUGGUCAGAACACUGUCCUUUGUCCUAAUAUAUCCAGUGUACCCUGUUAUUAGAACGGAUAGCAUAAAAAGAGGUGAAUUUAUACGCAUGCUCCUGAGUGUCUAAUAGCAGUUAGGAGGAGACAGUUAUAUGCAACAAGUAAUUCACAUAUUUUAGGAGUCUCUGUUCGUGAAAAGGCCGACCAAGAGUUCUUGUCUGUUUUUGAAACGAACCUCGGUGAGGACGACGCUAUUCGCCUUGAAUUCCUUAAUUAUUGCAAAGGUGACCAUCUGGCUGAUCCGAAACUUCUGCAGAUCCCCUCCGAUGAAAGCAAUGUACAGUGCUACAUUGAUCUGCACGGUCACUGCACAAAACGCGGAUGCUUCUGCUAUGGAAACUUCUUGAAGUCUGAAAAGAGUAUGGUACGACUUGUUUUUCGUCCAGGCUUUGUUGAUACUAUGUCUAACCUUUAUGGAGAUGCAGUAACUUUGUCAUAACUCCAUCAACCCGAGUAAAUGAUGGCCAUAAACGCUAAAACCCCCAUAACCGCCUUAGAAUUUCCUCAGAGAGGCAGAAAUCUGCUAUUUUCAUAAUUUGCCAUAAAAGCUGACUGUCAUAAAUCUGGAAAGCAGGAAUGAGAACAGUCAUUUCAAUUUACUAGUACUGAGUUACACAGCUCGUCCGUUUUUUCAACUACACAGAUCAAAAUUCAUCGAUGAUUGAAACACCCCUUCGUAUAAAGAUGGAGGGAAAAGGCUUUGUCGCAAAUAGAUUUUGAGGUUCGUACUUAUCUCACACCAAAAUUCUCCGAAAGUCUCGCGUUAUCGUCCAACAUUUUUCGAUGAUUGGCAUGCACUGAUGUGACAUGAGUAACUUAUUCGUUUUGCGGGACAAUGCAACUAGCCUGGUUAGUUAACUUAGGUACCACAUAAUGAGGGUUUAAAUUAGACUUUUCUCCUAUCUGAAAUCUUUCAAGCUCUCUGGCGAGUCAACCUAGAGUUGCAUCUUUUUUCGCACCCACAAAAACGGUUUUUCUACUUAGCUGACACUUUAUACACCCUUAAAAAUUCUUUAAUACCAAUAUAUCGUCUUUUGAUACAAAAGAUGGACAAUAUAAUGUACGCGCGCCUACUUACCCUCAACUCCGCCUUCUUUGACUUUGGGGGCUGCAAUUUCUCGGCUCGAAACAUGUAUCAGAAGGACCGCUCCACCGCACAGAGCAAAGAGGGCAGUGGAAGAGUGGCAGUUGCCAAGCACAUGGGCCUCACCCACUGCUACACUAUUGAGGCCAACUAUAAUUCAGGUAAUUGGGCUUGUGUCUGCAGCCACCUGUGUUUCAUACUUGAACAUCAGCAAAGCCGUAUGGCCAUUUUGGACACUUGUCCGCCAACUGUGACUUGAGAGGUUCAAUGAGUUUUCUGCGGUAAUGACCAUAUGAAACUUAAUUCUAGAACGUGUGUGCAUGCUCUAGGUCUCAACCUGUAUGCUACACCAGCCCAAUACAGCGUUGGGGAAACCUUUCCAGCUAUUGGCACACUCAUUGGAGGGGCGUGUUACCGCAGCAUGGUUAUCAUGAUUUUACCAACUCCCUCCCCCUCUAGAAGCCACCCCGCCACCUUGGGGACAGUGAUCGGUCCGGGCGACUACUGUCAUACACGUACCAGCCAGUCAGCUAGGGACAGCCUUUCACAUUGGCGUGUGUACCAUCUCCAUGAUUUUGAGGUCGAAGUUUUCUCGAUACAAAAAAUGCUGAUCCUAUGCUAUUGCAUGCACCGUAUUUUCCUUUCCGCCAUUCGCUCGCUUCUUCUUGACUAGUUCCUUUUGUUUGACUGAUGGACUUAGCAUCUGGGCUGCACACUUUUGAGAUUCAAUUCUCUACCACUCAGCUGUGAGAUGCAACCGGAAGGGCACGAGUUAGGUUAAGGGUAAGGGCUAGGUCAAAGAUUAGCGUUAGAGUUAAGUUUGUCUGCUGCAUACUGUCUUACCCAAUCCGACCUUUAACCAAUGACUUUGGAUCAUCAGUUUUCCGCCCGUUUGCACAUCCUAGUUCGCUUCUUUCAAGUUGCGCAGUCCGCUCAGGCACCCACUUGAAGUAGUAAAACAUAAAUAUGGCUGAAGUGUGAGUCCUAUCAAUGUCUUCCGUAUAUUCUGUUUAUUGCUCUCCUACUGACGGAAGUAAUACUAGCAUCCUUCUCGUAUUCCAGGAGUCCCUGUGUUUUAUUUGCUGGUCCGAUGUGGUUGUGUAGCCCCACCCGAAAUAGACAAACCCAGUCACCUCUAAUACGCUACCAGUGGUAAUAGGGAUUUUACAGGUGGAGUCGCGGAACGCACAUGCGACGAGGUCAAGUAGUUGUAUGCAAACGCAGAGCCACUAGCGGUGUGCGGUUGUAAUUUGAAUGGUUAAGAAAUUGUUGCGCUAACCCUUUACCCUAACCCUAGCCCUUAACGAUAACCCCUAAUCCUAAACCCUAACUCCUAAACAUAACCCUUAACACUAACCUUAACCGCAGAAGUUCGAAAAGUAACUAUUGACAAUGCCGAAGGCAACAAUAAAAACGGGGGGACCGUACUGACAGCCUCUGAAUUACUCGAUGUCAUGAGCCAGUUACCUACGCGCCAACAGCACGCUGUACGGCCCUGAUAUUUGACUCCGAGUCAGUUCGUCACUAAGCCCUCUAGUCACUUUGCCCUUUGAGCUACAGGCUCUCCCUUCUAACUGCAGUCGGAGAAAGUUACUCAAGUUUUACCGACCUGAAUCAGGUAGAGGUCAUGGUUUGUCCCGUUUCACACGUUACACACGCUCAAAUUACGACAAGUAGUUAAUCGAUGAAUGUUUUGGCAGAUUUUAAAUAAUUCGUAUUGACCCAUCUGUGAAGAGCUCGACACCUCCGUGGAUUCGAACCCACGACAACAAGCGGGGGGCUUUAAUACAGCCAACGCUCUAGCUACUUAGCUGCGAAGCCCCACCGAAAGACGUGGGUUUAAUCACAUUUGGGUCAAGUUAGCCGCCCAACUUACUGCAAUGUCUGGAAUCCACCAAAUCUGAUCCAGUAAGCUGACUUCCCAAGCAGGUGGCAAGGGCGUUGGCUGGACUAAAGCCUCCCGCUUGAUGUCCUAGGUUCGAAUCCCGCCGAGACGCCGAGGUUUUCACAUUUGGGUCAAAAUGAAGUAGAUAACCGUCUGUAAGGAAUAACUACUUUAAGUUAGAUGUUAUUGAAGUUGUCAGCAGAAACCCAACCAAGCGCUUGCGAGAGUUUCUCGAUUCUUGCGGCUCCUGUAUCACAGUGUUAAUCGCCCUCUCUACCCCCCCCCCCCUUAAGCACCAGGCGGAACUACUAAUGCAUAUCGUCGGUACCUCCGCCUCCGAAUUACUGAGUCUUGUUAACAUGCUGUCUGCUAGGGCCACGCGCUCUGUCACUCAAGUCCUACAGACUAUCGAUCCUAGCCUUCGCGUUCGCAGUGGAGGGGGGCGUCGGUUGCGGUCUCCCUACCCAUCUCUCUGCCGAACUUACUGCCCUGUUUAGCCCGCACUCUUCAGCUCUCACCUCUCAACCCACUCAUUCAUCUCAGCUUCCCUACUCCUCACCCAUCAGCGCGAACGACCCUCCCAGUCGGUUCGUUUGACAAUGUGUUUUUUUAAGCACUUCGAAGCUUCGGGAGUGAGUUCCGAUUUUCGAAGAGUCCUCUUUCACAACAAAGUAUAACCAUCGUCCAACAUCCCGUAAUUGGAUGAUCUCCUUCCGUAUCAAGAUAUCACAGGGUAUGACCAACAACGUCGGAUUUUAGGCUACGAGAAGGCGUAUACUCAUAGUGUAGUCUUGUAAAUGCAUUUUCUUAUACUUUUUUUUCAAUCACACAGGUAGACUGAUAAACAUCCUGCCGCCUGCGGCCGGCGACAACCGGUGCACUACUCCUCCUGGUUUCCUCUUCGGACCAAUGCGCAGGGACCUAAAGCACAACGCCAACGAUGCCAUGAAUUGUUACCUCAAUUUCCAGCACGCAACCCACCCCGUCAUGUUUAUGGAAUACGGGGCAUAUGUAUUAAACAUGUCAACUCGAUUUGCUAUACCGCACUACGAGGAGAUGGGUCGCGGUCUUCUGAUAGCUGCCUUAGACAUGUGGUGCACCAACCCCUGGUCCCGUCUCGCCAAUUGCCCCUGCGCAGACAUGUUGAAACUGAAGCCUGGAACACACAAGACACUGCGGACGUUGACAUCACCGCUAAACAGUGCCAACAAGUAUGCCCUGUCGGGCCAAAAGAUCCGGAUGGCUGAGAGCGUCAAUUACAAGGUGGGUACAGAUGUGUUUCGGAACUCUGUCGGAUACGCCCCACUGAAACAAAAGGUUCAGCAACUCUCUCGCGUCUCGCCAUAAUAGCUCGUACUCUCUCAUACCUCCCUUCCCACCGUACCGUCUUUGAGGUAACAGGUGGCAGAGCGAUUGGGGAUAUGCGUCUCCACAGGUGGGUUGUUGUGCUUUUUGGCACUGCUUGGGGUGUGGGGCAUCGGUAAGGACGUCAUAUGAGACCCAUGAUUUCAUAUUACAUACUAAUGCCUGCUGAAGUCCACAGCAGUAGUGUUACUUUAUCACGUUCGAGAGCGAUGCCAUCUGUUUAGCCACUGCACCCCUACACGGAAAUCUUUCUUAAACGACGAGUGCUACGGUUAUAUCUUCCCCACACCGCUGGCUUCGUUUAGCCUUUGCAUGAGUUGUCAUCCAUACUCGCCUCAGACUCGUCAGGGUUGAGUUACCAGUUAAGACAACGAUGUCAUCCGUCCUGUCGCUGCAUCUACACACGGAAAUCUUUCGUAACUGGCAUGUACUAGGGAUUUUCUUCCCCCUACGUCCGCCGGCUUUGGUUCAUACUUCGAUUAGUCGUCAUCCAAACUCGCCUCCGGAUCAACUGUGCUGCCUAACCGUCAGCAGGUGCGUAUUAUCAGCGUUCCCUUUUGUUUCAUCUUCCGUUUGUGGCUAUAAACCGCUUUCCUUACUAUACUCCAAUAAGUAGGUCUGCUAUGGUGUCCACCGGCAUAGGCCUGCGUUACAUACCGCGAGAGCCCCCCAAGGCGGCCUAUUGUACCGCGUGUACCACAUUAGUUACUUAUUUAUAUUGGACGCAUACGACAACGCUUACGCCAGUCAGUUUUAGGUUCCUUCAUCGCAUCCGUAACCGGCUACGGUUUCCUUGACGAUGUCGCACUCACCGGCCAUUUGUUCAUGCCUCUACCAUCGUUGCAACGUAACCCACGCGUACGGAAAUCGGUAUUUACACAACGCAAAAAAUAUCACCAAUCUGCUUAAGGUUAAGGGUUGAACUAGGGGAUUCCUUCCCCCCCCACAACUCGGUUAGAUUCAGUUUACCUUUCGAAAGAUUGCCAUCAAUUCCAGAACGCUUAAAAGCUCUGCCUUUAGCGACUUAGACAUCGAUGCCAUCCGUUGAAUCAUUGUAUCCCCCACACUGAAAUCGUUCGUGAACGCCAAGUACUAGAGAUUUUCUUUCACCGACCCUAGUUAGCAUCCUGACGUUGACCGUCGUUACUAUCUGGUACCAAUUUCGGCUUCCUUGACCACAUCGCUCUCAGUGGCUUGUUUUUUCCAGCCACAACCAUCGCUGCCACUUUCACUGUGUGCAGGGACAAACAAUAAUAACGCAGGUUAUAAAACACUAACAAUCCGUUUAAGGGACCUUUCUCAGGUCACAUCCAGAGCACUUCGGUCGAGACGAACGGAUUUUUUUUGCAUUGGGCUUCGUCCAAAUGAGCCCCCCAGAGACCUUCUGGAGACCGACCCGCUUUCCCGCAGUUUCUUUUUAAGUCGGCUCCAAUACACCUCGAUGGCAUUCGUGAAGCGGCCUGUUUCAGGAUCCACAAAAUUCCUGGAGUGGUUGACGGUGAAGUUCUUGCACCCUCCUGUAGGUGGGGCACCGUAUGUCUUCCAUUUCAUCCGUAAUUAUUAUGCUGCCGGGGUCGACCCAUUUCUUUAUCACGGUUCUGAGGGACGGCCAGUUACGGUUUCUGGCCUGCUCAAGAACAGCAUUCCGCUGUGAUGGUGAGACAACUGCCUUAUAAGACCGAACCGGUUUUAGUUGUCUUUAUUCUGUGAUUUCUGGUGCACUAAAAAACCGUCGGCGCUCAUAUUUCUUUUAUGCAACCUCAACGGUUUGCGGCAGACGCAGGCUCGCAGUGUUGAUAGAAGCCCCUUUAUACUGACAAUACGGUAACACGUUAGUCAUUUCAAUUGCUAUAUUAUUGCUGUCCAUUUUUACGCAUUUUUUUUAGAAUUUGCAGGCCUCCGCAUAGGAUUUAUGUAACAUAAAAACAUAACUUUCUUACACUAACAUCGCAUAAUGGCAUGGCUAUAACAACAAAUCAAAUAAAUUUAAAUCAUUGGUACUCUCUUAUGUUGUUUCACUUAAAUAUUAACCAUUUGGCCAUUAGGCGGAGGUUGAGCAGCUUAUUUGGUUAGAUUACCUUGGCUGGACACCUGGUCCACCUACAUGUUCUCCGCAGUACUGAAGCAUUUCGUCGUGCGAUUGGGCCAACGUUGGCGCUUUGCUCUUAUGGGGUUUGUUUGCCAUACGACCUUGGGCUUUUAUUGGCUACUUCAGUGCCCUGACCGCUGAUCUUGGCGUCAUUAUUGUACGGGUGUUACAUUUAGUUCAUUUUGGUGCCUCGGCGUUAAAUAUCACCCCCUUUUAGUUUUACGGUUCGCCUUCAAGUUCGUAAUUAGACUUACGUUAGUUUAUUCCAGUUUUUUUUAUAACAUUCUCCAUAAACAAGGCCCUUUCAACCUGCCCUCCUAAUCCAUUUGCCCUACCCGUAUAAGUCCUCUUUCCACCGGUCCCGUAAGACACUGAGACGUACCUCGGGUGAUUGAGCAAGGGUCUCAUAUGGCGUCGUUGCCGGGGCAUCCUCUUACUUUUGGCUCCACAGCGCUGCGCAGUUCAUAGCGGCUGUGCUUCUUUGAAGUCUUAGACUGGCAGACAAACCGAAGGAUGGUGGCCGACAUCCCUCUGUCCCUUAAGCCUAUGAACUUGUGUUCGUCUAGGUGAUAGGAACCUGUACUGUCUUCGGAUGUGUAAAAUGGGGUUUUACGCGGCCUGUUUUGCUGGUCGGCUUGACCUAAUAAACUCACUAGAUCACGUUGGAUGAAUGAAGAGAGUGAGGCUGGUGUUACGAAACCGUCCUCGCUGUAGUCCACUGUGUGUGCAUGUUACCCCUUUUAACCUCUCCCUGGGAAAUUGUGAUCGGCGUCGUCGUUUUGCUCGACAGCCGGGCGAAUCACCUAUGCAUCUAGUACUGCGAUCGAUAUUAAUUUACGAGAAGGGAGCAACUGGGAGCAAAAGCGUGUUCGACGGCGUACACUAAAUUUGGCUUGUCAAAAUUAGAGACUAAGUGUUCAUUCUUGCACCAAGUAAUUCACCGUAGUAGACGAGAAGAAUAUACAGGAAUCACAGACGUCGUCUUCGUAUUAAAACCUCGCAAGCACAGUAGGUAAACUGGUGGAUAAUCUUUAAAAUUAUUAGUAGACAAACUCGCAACCACAUUGACUCGUAUUUUAGGCCUGUCGACAGAAAACUUCAGCACCAAGUGUUCAUUUUGCUGACCGAUAGAUUACUACCAGUUUAAUCAAUACUUUUGGUGGUACCGUAAACCAUAGAGUGAAAGCUUAUCCUAUCCGAGUAGAGGUAGCUCCUUGUGUAUUGCUAUCCUUCCUCGAAGAUGUAAAAUCUGUUGAAAAAAUGACUUUUUCCAUUUGUCUCAAAGCUCCUGCGAAACUGGGUAAGACGCCACACUACACAGCUGGCUGCCCAUGAAGGCAUCACCUUUACACGCAAAGAGUCAGAAGCGAAAAGUCAGAGGCAAGAUGUCCGUCUCCCUGCAACGGGGCGAAGCGCAGUACUUGAAGUGGUCCCGCUAACCCGCCCUCGUGGACGAAAUAAUGCUCCAUCAAGGACUGCUGCUGAACUUGUUUGUGUGACCCCAGUCAGUACAGGGCGACCGCAAAUUCGAGAGAUUGCGGAGACCUCACUGCAUGGACGCAGUGAUGCCCCCUCAAGAAUCACUCCUGAGGUUGUUUGCAAAACCCCAGGUAGCGCAGAGCAACCAAAUCCAUGGACUUCAUUCGAUCCAGAAGUUUCGGCUAACACUACGCAAGACGAUGAAAACGAACUGACUGCUGGCUCUGUCCGAAACCGAUCUCAGUCCUCGCACAAGGUCUUCAGGACCCAGUGCACCGCGCCAUCCUCCAAAAUUAUGCCACCUAAGCGGAAGAAAUUAUCGAGCAGCGAAACAUCACAGAAUCCGCCAGAUAAGAGUGAAAACCGUCCGAAGCUGUCCCAUAAGACGGUCGAGUUUUCUUGUGAGACCGGAAAAGCCACGUCGGAGAACGAGCAGUCUUGUCAGUCUCAUGCUUCGGUUCUCCCAGAGCCAUCCCCACGGAUAAGACAGGGCCAGUGUGAAAGGCGAGCAUCUUUGCGCAAUGACUUUAGUGUCCCCAGACCAUCAUUCGGCCAACGGCUGUCAAGUCUGGAAUUUGGUUUCGAGGCUUCGAAAGUGGUCAGGCCGUGAGUGCAAUUUAUAAACGUUGGGGAUUUUUAGCACAUCGAUUUGGCUUAAGUAGGAUGUAAAUUACUUGGAUUGCCGAGGGCUUUACAAAGGAAAAUGCAACCCAGUUAUUAUAGCCAGCUGGAGGCUUGGAACUGUAAUGCACGCGCGGGAAAUCUACAUCCAAAGAAUUUUUUCUAGGUGAGACGUUUCCCUCGAAUAUGUGAGACUUCAACAGGCGAGCUCAAUUAAUUUUCCUUUCUCCGCUUAAUAGGCUUCUAUGUCCGACGGCCUGAAUGUUUGUUAAUCGCAAGCUGCCGGGGCCACCACUGUCCCGCAGAGCAGUGAUGACUAUUGCGUGACAUUUACCCCAUUCUCUUUUUUCCCCACGUGUUUCAUUAUUCAGACAAGGUAAAAGCGACUGAGCGCAAUGGCUGACCUGGUAUAAGGCACCAGGUGUGUAACCUAAGUCUCAGCCUUUGCCGGUCAGACAGAUACAGCUAUCAUCCCGGUCACUAACUCACAUAGUGGGUUCUUAAGUCGAACUCUGACACCAUCCUCCAGCUGACGAGACGGUCUUUAAAGUCGAAAACUUCUCAAAAAUGCGAGUGCCAUUCACCGAGAGGGGGUAAUUGAGUUUGCACGUUUCGUAUAACGGAUUCAGCCCCCCAUUUGCAGAGACUAGAGAGCCUAAUGCACAGCUCUCAUUAUAUAGCGCGUGGGUUGCAUACGCAUUGUGACUGACGCGUUGAUCGUCCAUGAUGUCAGCGGGUACAGAAGGGGUCUCCAUUUUGCUGUGAUCAGUGUCGCUCUCAUCGUCGUUAACUGUGGUAAUAGUUGGUGGCCACGACGGUCUCACGCCUUCACUGUCUCUUAUCAAGCAGGUUUUCAAAACCAGGUAUGUUUCAGAGAGGUUGAAAUGGCGGCCAGCUAACAGCCAGGCCUCGGCGCGCAACCUCGUCGACGUCCAAGUCGAAGGUGCGCCCUGUGUGCUCGGUUAAGGCCGUCCCCUUCGACUUCGGGUCCGCGUUUGUUGCUGUCGGCUGGUUUCGCCGACGUAGCUGUCCCCUCCACAAUCUUGUGGAAUUCACUAGAUAAAGACUGGCGUCUUUUGGCCGCACCACCAACGACUGAAGAAUUGAUUCAGACCUGUGCAACUCUUAUAUCACAUAGUAUAAAGGUCGAGGUCGUGGAGAAGUCGCUCACGUAAAGGAUGAUCCGCCACUAUAUGAGCUCCCUAUUUUUCUUGAAUCGAGGCAUUCGACAAUGAGUGCUCCGGGGUAACCGUCAGUUCGAAGAGGUAACCGUGAUGUUUGAUGUCUUUAAAAGUUAACACUCGAUGGUAUGAUCUACACAUACCGAUUCUUCCUGAUACUGGGGUAGUUGCUGCAUAAUCUGGCAUUUUCGGCGUUUUGUUCCCUUUUCCUAGUUUGCUGCUGGUUUUAUGCUAGGUUUCCAAAAUGAGAGGACGUCUGAGAUUGGAAGUUACCUUUUUCUUUCCUCCGUCAUAUAUUUCACGCCAAAAUGACUGAGGUUAGUUGGUCGUUGCCGUAUUCAACCUGAUAAUGUUCCAUGGCAGCAUGGGUGUUUCAAAGUAACAGACCCAAAAGCUUGGGUUUGUGCAGCUCGAACAGCCGUCUUUGGGGGGUUUUCGAGAGCUGCCUCAGCAAUUAGUCCGGAGAGUUAUGAAUUGAUCGAGACGCAUUUUAUUUGCUCGUGGGUGGUCUCAUCAAAGAUGAAGAAUGCACCUAAACUUACUAACCCCUUUUUGUUGGUGGUCCUCAGAUGGGCUGCUUUAUUUCCUUGCUAGUGCGUACACUUUGCACUUUGCUUACUCGCUCUUGCCGUAUCAGUCCUCCUCCAUCACUUACUCUGAAUACUUGUCAGGGCUGCUUGUCAUACACAGUUCAAGGAUGUUUGUUCUUAUUCAGUGCUUAUUACUCACUAAAACCAAUGCUUUAGACAAUCGUGGACCAAAAAUAACCCCAUUUGGUAAGCUACCGUCCUUUAUUCGUAUGCACUUCUGGUUGGAGGUCGUCCAGGGUGUAGUGCCAUGUCUUCAGCAUUUUGUUUUGCCCUGAGUUACGCACAUCAAUAUUCCUCUUCAGCAAUGACUAUCUAGUGAUUGACGAAACAUCCAUGACUUAGAAGCAAUUUUGUCAAUGUGCAAUCAUUUUUUCCUAGUAAAAUACACCAUCUUUAAACUGUCUACGCAAAUAAAGGGUAUCGUUAGGCUUUAAAAGGGGGCUUUUCAAAUCUCCGAAUGAUUUUGCAUCCGACUUGCCGCUGCAAAUGCUUUUAGGAAUUCCAAACUAAAAGCUCUACACUUUCCAUGUAAGAAAAACCCUCCAUUUCCCAGUGCUAUUAAGGUAUCACACGGGGUUCACAAAAUUGUGUAACACGCAUGGACCACAUUGUAUACUUCAGAAGGAGCAUUUAUAAACCGAUCGAUACGGCGCUGUUUUAGAGGACAUUUAUUAAUCUUAUAAAAUCUCGGUCGGCAUUUCUUAUAUGGCCACGUAAUACGGGCGGUCUUGCGCUAAACGCCAGGAAGGGUAGAUUUUCGCGUGUCCCAACCCUAACCCAAACCUUAGCUCCAACCCUGUCUUGAACCCCAACCUUAACUCCAGCCUUGUCUCAGAUAUAACCUUAGCCUUAACCCUAAACUGAACCUCAAUUCCGCCGGCAUUUGACGCAAUUUACUACAAAAUAAAUAGAAUGAAGAAUACUCUUAGUGCAUGUUUUCUAUAAAGUACAUUUUAAUCUAUAAGGGCAUUGAAAAUCUACUCGGAAAAUACAAACAAUUUGGAUAGUCGUUUCUACCGAGUGCGAUUUUUGCUGGCGGGCGGGGGAAACUGCAUUCGAAAGCAGCUUUGACUGAAAUAUUUGGGGAUUAUGCUGCUCGAUGAGCAGUAUUAAAAAGCCGCCAAAGCAAUCCCGGUGAGGUUACACGGGAAUAGGAACGCCCAACUUAUUAAUGAUGGCGGCCUGCGCAUAAUUCCAGGAAAGGUAAAUACUGCCGUGUCCAAACCCUUACACUAACCGUAAUAUAAACUUAAACCGUGGCCCUAAUCUUAACGCUAAGUCUGCAGUUAACACUAACCCUAAGGCUAACCUUAAUCUUAACCUUGAACGCAAUCCUUGACGUAACCCCUACCUUGAGCCUAACCCUUCUUUCACUGGGAUUUAACGCAGAGCCACUUUUAUUGCGGGCGGUUCCUGUCCUCAUUCCCUGUUUAGAUGGCCAGAUAGGCAGUCCUUGCCAUAAUCCCUUCAAAUCGAAAACACGGUUCUAAAUCUCGACUAACAUUUCACGAAAUCCGCCACCGUUUGUAUAGCGCAACAUCGCUCCUGAAAUCAUUGCCAUUUCGCCGAUCGCUUAGUAGCCAUUGCUGAGCAUGAAUAUUUAGUUGGGCGGCGCGGGUGAAUAUUGCAUAUCGAGGACACAGCACGAGUCCUGCACGACCUCUAACCACGAAUGCAUACAAAUAAAGGACGACAAAUUGCCAAAUGGGGCUGGUUUUUGGUUCACAUCUAGUGCAGGGAGAUGCCGAUGGUCAAUGGUCAAUUUCGUCCUUUUUGGCUCCUUCGCUGUUGUCGCGUUUGUGCUUUUGUCUUCAUCUCGACCAGUUAAGCAAUUACUACUGUUGCGCAGGACGCUAACAACUAACUGGAUGUAUGGACUUGAUGAGUGCAACCGACUUGUCGAUCCGGAUUAAAACGACUCGGUAGUCCAUUUCAACAAUCUGGUUAAUGGACAGGGAUUGGGGAGGGCACAAACAGGCACAGACACACGCGCUCAUGCGGACACGGAUUUAUUACCUACCCAGGCAUAUAGGGUGGCAGCGGUCACGACUAUCAGACCAGACCUGGCCAAACUACAGCUAUGAGUUUUAUUGAAAUUUCCAGUGGGAAUAUAAAACUAUCAAUUGAGGUGUAGUUGAGAACCGAUUUCUUUUUACCUUGAUCUACUUCACAGCCUCCCUCAGCGCCCAAGCAAAUGGGAGGGCGGAAAAACAGCCAAGCCGAGGAAUGACAAACUAUACGGCAAGAUCUCCGAGUCGAGCCCAUAUGAGAGUAGGACGGUCUUUCUGUCACGCAGGGGAAGCCUUCCGGCGAGGAGCCCCAACCCCAAUAAAUUGAUUGCUUUGGAGCCGCCAAAACGAUGUCUCGAGAAACCAACUCCCCGAAAGGUUAACUCGUCCACAAAUAACACGAGGAAAAACACUCUUGACUCACACUUGACGACUAUUCGUCCAUCGGUUGCCGGUGUGGUCAUAAAGAGCCUAGAAGGUGGUAAGGUGGCCUACAAAAGCCUUGCGGAACUAGAACGAAGGGACAUCAACUGGAUGCUCAGAAGAACCGAUCCCAGCCAGCCGAAGGUACGUUUAAAAAAGAAGCAUAGUUCACUCUUUUUGGGCGGAGUACUUUACCUUCCAUCAAUCUUACCAGACCCUGCUAUAGGGUAACCCUCAAUAAAAUGCCAUCGCGUACUAGCUGCAACCAAUCUUCCAAGCAGGUCAUCUUUUCCUUCCCUAGCACAAGCUGCUUUCGCGGAUUCGACGUGCUAUAUUCCCUAUUUCUGCCAAGUAGCAAUUAUUUUUUCAAUUCCGACUGUCACAAAUACGGGAACCUCACGAUCAGACGAAGCCGAAAUUGGGAGGUCGGGGGUCCAAUGUUGCCAGGUGGCUGUGCGAGUAUCACUUGUUUCUCGUGGUCUUCGAGGAAAAAAAAACAACUGCUAUUGAAUGGAAUUACAGACUGCAAGGUGUUUAAUUUGCGUAAUUGCCAAGCCUCUGAGUCCUAGGUUUGCUUUGCAACCUAGCACGCCUCACGAGCCGGAAGUAUUGGUCUUUCACACAGUCGUGGGACGCGCCGGUUGCAGCCAAACGUCAGAGCGUACAACGUUAGAAUCAGGUCCACGGUUCGGUUUCAUUUAGAGAUAAUGCUUUUCUGAGUUUUAUGUUUCCCGAUUUCCUGUAAUCUGUUUUGAGAAAAUUGCCACUUACCAUUUUCAUAGGUCAGAUUCUGGUGGGCUCUCAAUACUAGACCAUCAAUCAGCUGAGGUUUUUUGUUUGCAUCAACACUACUCAAUCCAUUUUCCCCUUGCUGAAAUAGGCCUGGGCGAUUAUAGAAGAAAUGGGUUGUGCAGGUCAAAGUGCAUGAUUUGGCAACUUCGUCUAUUGAGCACGCUUUGCAUGCAAUUUGGACUGGGCUUCGGACCCUGAUUACGGCGCCAAUCGCUUCUCUCAUUAUCCUGUACACAUUUCGCUCUUAUUGCUCUUUCUGGGUGAGUAGGGCUUCCACUGGCACUGAUCCAAUCGACUCAAUGUUUCAUGUUCACAUCAUCAUGGCCGAGAGGCUUCCGUUGCAGCCGGCCAGCGCAGACCACUGAGCGAGAUUGACCCUUCGAGCAUGGUAUUUGGCCUCUAUUUUUGCGUACUGCACUUUUUGGCCAGUGCUAAAGGACGCGACAACGCGCCCUUCUUGGACGCCUAAGUGGCAUUGCAAUUACAAUACCAGCACGAGAACAUUUCACUACUGCUUAAAAAGCGUGCGUAGUGAAUACACAGCAGGACAAAGUUACUCAGAAACGAAUAAGAAAACAGCAGGGUUAUGGUAUAGUACACACAGUCUGCUCGACGAAAAGAGGUCACUUGGGAAAGCAAUAGAAAAAUGGAGAAAGUAACCGAUAACGUACAAAGGAGUGUGGAAAUCAAAGUAGUGGGUAGUGCCAAACUCAAGGUCAGGUUUACCAAACGGUAUAUUUUGCCCAUAGCAGGUUUUUCGGUCCACACGUUGAUUGCUCCCAAGUAGCACAGUAUCCACGCUGUUUGUACACGAAUAAGGACUCAGGAGGACUUCUUGGGUCGGGAGGUUGUCCACUGGCAAGGCGUUUGGUGAUGGAUGAACGGAGAUUUUGUUUGGACGAGUACUCAACUGACUCGACUGCCCAUUACCUUUGUGUUCCCCAAUGCGCUUGCAUCUACGAGUACAUAUGAAUCCAUGGACACAAUUUGAGGAGGCGCGCAUAGGCUAUGCAUACCUUGUGCUUUCGAUCGGAAUAGUCUUAGGAGGAGAAAGUCAUAAUAUGAACUAUGAAGCUUGGUAAGUUCUUUCAGGGAUGCAUUACAACCGCCUAAAAUGGGUUCGUUGAGUCCACCAGUUGUUUAAUACGAAUUAAGGGUCGGCUCACAUUCCGCGUCUAGGUUCGCCCAACACUAGUGAAUGCCAAUUCAACCGGAAUGUUUGUUAACUUUGAUGAAAAAAAUAAUGCAUUACUGUUUUACAAUCUCAACACUACGAACCUUUCGGUUUAUUACAGUAAAAAUCGUUCAGAUGUGAUUAUGUAGCCCAACCAGAAGCAAACAAACCCAGCCACCCCCAAUACAUGACCGGUGGUAAUAAGGGUUUUUACAGGUGGGGCCGAGGAACGCACAGGCGACGAAGUCAAAUAGUUGUAUGCACAAGAACAGCUAUUGGGAAUGCACGAUUGUACGUUGAAUGGUUGAUUUAUAGUUGUACCAACUCCUAACCCUAACCCCUAACAAUAACCCCUAAUCCUAAACCCUAACCCCAACCCCAACAGUAUUAUGUCCAUCUGGCGGAGCUGCAUAAGCACAUCUUACCUAAAAAUCUCAUAUAGUUUUUUCAGGUCUAGCCCCAAACCGUACUUUUGUAUUUCCACGAUUUUGGAGUCAAGGGAAGGAAGUCCCAGAGGAGGCAACGUGGUCGGUCGUGUUUGCUCAGACUAAGUGGACUAGACAUCUGGCCCCUACAGGUAUUUCACCGAGUAAUAACAUGGGCAACUUUGCAUCCCGAUUGAUAUUACAAUAGGGAACCAAUACUGACUGAGGCCCUUAGAGGCGCUUCCAGAGGAAAAACCUUACUUAAGCGGUAUUGUAGCACUGACAGCUGUGGAAAGUAGUCGCAUACCCCUUCGACAUCCGGCCCUUCAUUGGAGAAUAUUUCUGGCUGCCAAAUCGCAUCUCACUCGAAACCCACUCCCCUUUAUUACCCAGUGUUUUCUCAAUCACUUUCAAGCGUCUACUUGAAGUAAACCAUUUGUCUUAUGAAGGAUUGCAAAAAAGAACGUGCUCGCACUCCCAGAAACUCGCGUCUUCUUGGAGGUUAGUAUUUGAAAUCUGGUAAUGCACAGUAGUUUUAGUGUUCAACAACUCUUAUUUUUGCCAAAAGCACAGCCUACUUUUAACACUUCUUUAAGAUCUCAAUACAAGCACCUUAAAAUACUUUCAAAUUGCCAUUUUUUACAUAUAUUUAUUCCGUUUUACAAAACAAUAAAUUCUAAAAUGCCGCAAACUAAAAACAGGCUAUGGGGAAUGAAUUUGUUUUAAAUGCCAUGGGGGGAGGGUUGGACGAUCGGAUAUUUGGGGGAAUCUCGAUCGAUGGAUGACUAAAAGUCCCACUCCACAAACACAAUUUAUCACAUACUUCAAAGCAGUUUGGGCCGGACGAACAAAGUAGCCUCUCAGCAUAUUUUUUCAACUAGACGAUGGCAGCCCUACUUAGUUAAGACAUCCCACUUGUUACGAAGCCACAAUACGAACCACGGACAAUGGUGGGAUAAUACACUAAAAGUCUGGUUUAGUCAUUCACUGAAAGCCCGUAGCUCGUCAGAAUUCGCACAAAAAGUUCCCAAACCCCUAACUAUGCUUCUGCUAGUUCUAACAACCUGCAUCCCAAACACAAGUACUAGUUAACGAUCCAGCCACGGGUCUCGUCGAAGUUGAAGUAUUUAAGUCGAAUAGUUACAUAGAAAUUGAGACUCCAUGUAAUAAGUCCAGCUUCAAGUUUUCUCAAUGGCCUCAGUAACUACUUCGAAACUGUUAAGUGAACGUCGACGAGGCUUGAGGACCAAGUAGUCAGCACUUUUGAAGCUUAUUUGCUGGGCAAGCUCAAACGUCACUAGUAGGAUGGACAAUCAGUAAACGACUGGGCCAGGAAGCAAUCGAAUUCUGGCUUGAGUUCGGAGUGUUUAGGCAUAUUCUUUUAGGUGAGGCGGAACACUGUUCGGUGAGGCUACGUCCCAUUGCACGCCCCUGGUUAGUACAGUGGCCUACUGACGACAUCCAGACGUACACCUCGCACUCCAUCUCGACGAACGAUGGCUGAAUGGUGAACAAACUCGCUCUUCUCGUGGUUGGAACGGAGUAGCAGGUAUUGUCUGCAUUGAACGACGCUAGUACAUUUAGCAACCAGCACGCUCGAUUCGUCUGCGAGUGAUGAGGCUGACAGCUUGAGCAACUCAUUAGGUCAUCCAGAUGCCUAGAUAGCCAGCAACAUUCGCGUAUGCUGGGCAACCGUCCGGCCAGGCGUGUAUGGUUUCGAAUUCUCGGCUACGCAUGUGGAAGGAGUCAAAGCACUGUUAAACACUGUGGACACGGGCCGGCUGUUUGAUUGAAUACUCCCUUUUCUUCGGUUUAGACAGCCCGCAUCCGCUACGGCAUCAAGGGAAGUGGCCAAAGAGGUUCGGACACAUUCUUCGUCUCCCGCCCAUGUAUCUAGCGUCGCCGCUGCCCAUCUGAAGGCAGAAACACAGUCAGUUUUAUGUAGUUCACAGAAACAAGGAGGUAAUACCUGGACCUUCGGUUUUCACCCAGAUCUGUUGCUGAUGCUCAUCGGACAUGGCGAUGUCCUAGUCGCAACACAAUUAGGACCGGUUGGACCAGGCGUAAUCAUAGAGAUACAACCUAAGUAGUAGGUAUGCUGAAUGCAGUAAACUGCCAGACAACUGUUUUGCAGUUACUAUUGACUUUGAAUUCCUCUGUCGCACCCAUCCUCCAACCUAGCAGUAGGGGAACCAAGUUAAAAAUCAGAGGGCGCCUAGGUCUGACAAUUCAUUGAGAUUUGCGGACUGGACACGGGAAUAAGUGCUCCACCCCUACCCCCCAGCAUUACAGGUGGCCUCGCGUUAAAUUCCAAAGGUUUCCUAUCCUACUGUCUCAACUUUGGCUCAAUGCCACCUGUAGUACGGGAGGUAUCUAUUCCCGUGCCCUACCGGUUGAAGUCCUUUUAAUUUUGGGUAUCUCAGUACAGUGGCCUACUUUCCUCCCCUGUCUCCAGGGUGCACAUCAAAAAGUGCCUAAACGGGCCCCUUCUCGGAACGUCUCGAUAACUGUCUACACGAAAAAUGAGCAAAUGAAACCUGCUGCGAAGUCUCCAGGGACAAUGCGCGAUCGCACUAACACUGCCUUCGAGGCGGCUUCCCCCGUCGGUAAACGAAAAACGUUAAAGAGAUCAAAGAGCACUCUGGCUCCGCGGUCUCGACAACAGCCCUCCGCAGCAAACGCAGCUCCACUUGGAAGGCUGACGCCAGCUCCCACGCCUCGCACGGUGCGUCUUCGCAGGAUAACACGCCUACCCCGACUCAAAUCUACUGAACCACCCGCAUUUCCCAGCAUCACCACAGGUCCUGUGUGGACAAGCAUGUACUAA